UUUCCGGGUUCACGGUGGCGCAGCAUGUAGAGGAGGCGGCCCGCCGGGAGACACCUGGACGCCGCGGACACACCGGAGCCGGACGCAGCGCAUCGAUCCGCACAUAUCGAUCAGGUAUCAGUGAAGCAUGGGGAACCUGAUCAAGGUGUUAACCCGAGACAUCGACAACAACGGAGGAAACUUCUUCCUGGACUUUGAGAAUGCUCAGCCCUCGCAGUCGGAGACGGCGGUGUGGGAGAAGGUGAACCAUGUGCUGACGGAGGCUCGGGUCAUCCUGGAUGACCUGCAGGCGUACAAAGGAGCUGGACUGGAGAUACGAGAGGCGAUCCAGAAUCCUGGUGUACCGGUUGUGCAGGAGGAGGCCUGGUCGGCUGUGGUCCCUCUGGUCGCGAAACUCAAAACCUUCUACGAGUUCUCCCAGAAGCUCGAGUCCAGCCUGCAGUGUCUUCUGGAAGUCCUCACCAGCUCCAGCUCGACUCCAACUCAGCACCUGGAGCAGAAACAGGCUCUGGCUCGUCAGUUCGCCCACAUCCUUCAUUUCACGCUGCGCUUCGAUGAACUUAAGAUGACAAACCCCGCCAUCCAGAACGACUUCAGCUACUACCGCCGGACCAUCAGCCGCAUGCGAAUCAACAACCUGUCUUCCGACACAGGAAAUGAGGUCAACAAUGAGCUGGCCAAUCGGAUGUCUCUGUUUUAUGCCAGUGGAACACCGAUGCUGAAGACAUUAAGCGACGCCACGUCAAAGUUCGUCUCAGAUAAUCCAGACUUGCCGAUUGAAAACACGACAGACUGUCUGAGCACGAUGGCCAGUGUGUGUAAAGUGAUGCUGGAGACGCCUGAGUAUCGCAGUCGAUUCACCAGUGAAGAGACGGUGUUAUUCUGCCUCCGUGUGAUGGUAGGCGUCAUCAUCCUGUAUGACCAUGUUCACCCAGCCGGAGCUUUCGUCAAGACAUCCAACAUAGACAUGAAAGGCUGCAUCAGGGUGCUGAAGGAGCAGCCGCCCAGCAGCGUGGAGGGUUUACUCAACACUCUCAGGUACACGACCAAACAUCUGAACGAUGAGACUACCUCCAAGCAGAUCAAAAACAUGCUGCAGGCAAAUUAACUCGUCACUUCUUGAGUAGAACUGAAACUGGAACGAUGGAUGCAGGGGGACAGUGUUUUGGUCCAAAUUUCAAAAGAACUACUGAACAAAUCUUUAGCUAAUAUUUCCUCGUGAUUGUUUUAUUUUUCACUCUCAUUUCAAAAAAAUCUGUUCUUUGUUGUUGUUAAAAAAAAAGAAGGAAAAAAAAGAAAGUAGCCAAGAAGAGGUGGUCUAAAAAUCAGCUCAAGUUGCCUUCAUGUCAUGUCAGAUUUACAAGGCUUGUUUUUUCUGCCAUCUGGUGGACAGUAACAGUAGCACAACAGACUUUUACCUCAGUGCUUUUGUUUAGCUUGUAGUUGCACAUUUUCAGAAAACACUGGUAUCGUUCUGCUAGCACCCUGUAAUGGCUCCACAGUUCAGGAGAAACAAGCUACCUGUGAACAGCUCCACGUUUUCACAACUUUGACCAGGUUCAACCUGAUGGAGACUGUUUGGAUUAACUUAUUCAGUGUUUACUGAGUGUUUACUGGGAAUCAGCAGCAUUAUGCUUUCUGCAUCUGCAAGUAUGUGAGGGCCUACGCCAUGUGAAUUUCAUCAUUUCCUCACGACCACAAGAGGCUACUUGGACUCCUCUGCACAUGUAAACAGGCAGACCCAAAACUGUCUGUACGCGACAAGUGCAGUAGUCUGACUGUGCAGAAUACAUAGAUAUGACCUAAUGUGUCUGCAGCAGACUUGGGUUAGCAAAGUAGUCAGCAGCAAGUCAGCAAGGGAGCAUAUGGCCAAAAAGUAGAGUUUAGUUUGUGUAUCACAGCUUAACAACCAGCAUGUCAGAACGCUUAAAAACAGCAGCUGUCUUGUCUGUGUUUUAUUCCUCAGUCGUUGUUGUGCUGGAAUCACCGGUUGAUAUAUUUUCAGAAAUUGUAUGAAUAUGUGCAGCUGCUCUGCUCCCAGACUGUUCUGAUCCUUUCAGUAGAAAAUCACCUGGUGACAGUGAUUUUACAUGCUGUACUUUUUAUGUUGAUUGAGAAUCCUUUAGGCUAACAAGACUGAAGCUAGAGACACUUGAUGCUCUGUGGAACAUUUAGCCUGCAGAUCUUUUGUUUUGACCAAUCAAUUGGUUGGAGAGUCGGUACGAUUUCAGUGCACCAAGAUUUUCUUUGGUUCGCUGCAGCUCUACUACAAGCUGAAAAUGGCAGGUUGAUUGAGGAUUUGUACUGUGCAUUAAGGCAGGCUUCACACUUUUCUGCUCCCUGUAUGCAAAUUUUCACCAAAACAAUUCCUCCAUCGUUGUUUUGCAUCCUGGGCAUAACACUGUUUGAGUCAAUUGUGAUUGGUGUAAAGCAAAUACUUGAGAAUCCACAGCAUUUUUCUCCCCUGUAGCAGAAUGUGGUCUGGCUAUGCGAGACGAACACCUUUGUUUUGACAGAAAAUGACAAACAAGUCACCAAGUCAUCAGGACAAAACAACAACCUGAACCAAAAACUGUUUACAAGGAUAUGUUAACUGCCAUCAACAAGAUGAUUAUCAGGACUGCAGCAUCAGUAUUUAGUUUUAAACAAAGCUGGAUCACCAUGUGAGACCAAAACAAUAUCUGCAGCUGAGGUUGACUGAUUAAAAGGAAGCACCCUGACCGACAGCUUGACAGUUGAACAUGUUGGCUGAUCUGUACUUCUGAUGUGACGUGAAUGUAGCUUUGACAGUUUUCGGGCAGCACAGAUUUGUUAGUGCCCAUAUAUUUAAAGCGCUUUGGCAAUUCAACAGUCUUACAAAUCUUCAUUUUAACCCAGUUUCCAUCACAUGAAGCCCAGGAAUUCUUCCAUUGGAGGAAACUUGGUUUGAUCUAAUUCCUCAGCUACAGUUUCUAACUCAGAGAAAAGCCUCUGUGGCCAAAGUUGUACUUUUCAAUUGACCGCUGGAGUUCACUAUUUUACAGGAUAAACAAGUUUAGCUAGAAUCCUACAGGAAAACUGGUUUUGCCACUUUUUUUUUAACUACAUCGAUCACUUCUACAAGCUUUCAUACAACACACAUUUAAGGCACAAAUAAGGUUAGCUACUCAUAGGACAGUUCAUGGAUCGAUUUUAAAGGCUCUGAAAACCUGUUUUCUCAACACGCGACUCCAAUGUGCAACUAAAACUCGUGCUCCUGAUAUUUAGUAGGUUAGUCUGUGUGUAAGUUUUAGGUAAAUUUGACAUGAGAAUGCCUUGUUUCACUGUCUUCAAACUAACUUUUGGUCACACAGCUGUCUGAGCUGCAGUAACUGAGUGGAGACGAGAAGCUUCUCUGUGCGACCGGUAGUUUCUACUGAUGCACAUAAGACGUUUAGAGUACAUCUGUAAACUGCAGCUUCAGAAUACACAGAGAAGAAAAGGGUUAAAUGGUUCCGUAGCCAGUUUUCUGGAUUGAACUGAAACAGCUCUUGACGAACGUUUGGUAAAGACGUUUCAAACUGUAUCCUCACAAUUUUUUUUAAAGCCCAUUAUAUUAAAGCUAAAAGUGAACCGAGCUGCCUGGAAGGUAGGAAAUCCUUCUGAGACCUGAUCAGGAACAUGAUAUGGGAAUCAGCCAAUGAAAGAAGCACUGUAAUGAGGAAGAUAUGGUACAGAUGUGAGGAAAACCUUGGACUGAUAAAAGACUGCUUUUUUUUUUUUUUUUUUUUAAUGUUUGAACACAAUGUGGUAAGUGGGACUGUUGACUGGAAACUUUUAAUUUUGCUCUGUAUGUUAACACUGCAGUGUCAGGGAUUGUAUGGCAUUAAUUGAUUUAAAAGAUGUCUUUGUCAGCCAAAUAAAGUUUUAUACAUUUUUAAGAAAAA